AUGUCCGGCAAAACCUCUGGCUCCGACGCCAAAUCGCGCGAUCACCACGACGGCAGCGCAGGCCGAGCCUUUACCGUGGAGCAGAAAGCCGCCGUAAUACGCAUCAAAUCGUGUGCGCCAACCGCCUACUACAAGAUCCUCGGCCUCGAAGAAGUCAAAACCACCUGUUCAGACUCGGAUAUCAAAAAAGCGUACCGCAAGCUCUCGCUGCUUACGCAUCCGGAUAAGAAUGGGUACGAUGGUGCGGACGAUGCGUUUAAGCUGGUCAGCAAGGCGUUCCAGGUGUUGAGUGAUCCGGAUAAGAAGAAGAAGUAUGAUCAAUUUGGUGGGGACCCUGAUGCGAGGUUCGAUCCUAGAGCGCAUGCUAGUGCGAAUGGUGGAGGUGGUGCGAGUCCAUUCGGAAAUGGGUUCGCGAGAAGAGGAGGGUUUGAGGAGGAAAUGACUCCCGAAGAGUUGUUUAGACAGUUCUUUGGCGGUGCGUUCGGAGGACCUUUUGGCGGCAUGGACACAGGACCAGGCUUUGUCUUCAACCUAGGCGGCGGCCCCGGCGUACGCGUUCACCAAUUCGGCGGCGGCCGACCACGCAGACGUCCCGGCACCGCUGUACCCCCCGGUUCCGAAGGCCAACAAAAUGUCUCCUCAGCCUUUGCAAACCUCCUCCCUCUCCUCUUCCUAUUCGUCCUACCCCUCCUCUCCUCUCUCUUCUCCGGCUCAAGUAGCACAUCCGCAGGCCCCAGCUUCGUCUUUGAAACCCCCCGCUCCCCCAACACACUGAAGCGCGUAUCUACGCGGAUAAAGAUCGAUUACUUUGUCGACCCCAAGGACGUUCACGAUUACACACCGAAGAAGUGGCGGAAAUUGGAUGAGCAGGCUGAGAAUCAGUACGUUCAUAUUACCAACACGCGGUGUCAGAACGAGCGGGUCAAGCAGAGGAGAGCGAUGGAGGAAGCACAGGGUUGGUUUAGUGUGGACCAAGAGGCUAUGAACAAGGCGCGGAACAUGGAGUUGAAGAAUUGUAAUAAGCUUAGGAAGUUAGGGCUCGAGGUGUACUAA